AUGACGUCACGAGCGCACCACGAAGGAGCGCAUCUCCUGAGCGAAAAGAGCAACCGCGCGGAAUGCUUCAUAACGGACAAAAAGAUGGACGAGAGCGCAGAGAGUGUGCAUCCCCAGGAAUGGAUGUGUGCUCUGUCCCUGCUCACCCGGGCCCUGAGGCCAGCUAUUACAGACAGCCAUGCCCAGAUCGAGCUCCCCUUCUUGGGCUUCUGCUGGCCAACGCUCCCAUGCCAGUCCGGGGCCCUGGAGCCUCCUGCCAUUGCUCACCCACUGGCUGUCUGGAGCUCCAUGGGGAGAGAGGGGGCCUCGGGUCAUAUGGAAGCCCAGCAGGGGCAGCCCGGUUCGGGCCUGGCUUGGCUGGAGGCCCUGAUGAUGGGAGAGCUGGAGAGAAAGAGUGCAGAGGUGAGUGCCGCAAAGAAAGAGAAGGAGAAGUUGCGGCGAGCGAGGGAAGAGCUGGAGGAGAGGAAUGCACAGCUCAAGCGACAGCUGUCCAUCGCCGCCGAGAUGAUGACCGAUCUUCGACGAGAAGUGAUUGAGAAACAGAGGGAGCUGACCUCCAGGGAACGGCAGGUGUGUGAGCUGAGUGUGUUCCUGAGAGACACGGCGUUGAAGGAGGCCGAUGCUAAGCUGCGUCUGCAGGAGUUUAUUGAGGAGCUGCUGGAGAGGGCCGAGACCGCCGAGACCCUCCUGCUGGACCAACACACACACUCGCGCUCACACUCGCGCUCACACUCGCGCUCACACUCCCAGUCACACUACACUCCCGCCCACGCUCACCAGACGUACCUGCGCUAUGCACACACGCCACACUGCAAGAGCUCUGGGGCCGGCAUCAAUGGGACCUACCAGAGAAGUCAGAGCGUCUCUGUUGUGUCGGGACACACGUAUCAGCAACAUGUGUCUCCUGAUAAGAGUAAGCCGAGCCGCUCUCUGGAGUGUGUGUGUAUAGCGCUGAGGUGUGUGUUUGUGUACCUGGACGUGCACACACUCCUGAGCGCUGCUGAGGUAUGUCGGGCAUGGAGGAACGUGUCACGUCACUCGUCACUCUGGAUCCACGUCACCCUUGAGAACACACACAUCUCCUCUACACUGCUGGUCAGCCUGUCGCGCUGGUGCAACCAGACACGAUCUCUCACCAUGAGGAACCUCACCGCACCCAGACGGAACCACGAGAGUGCGGAAGAACACUACAGGAACACACGGGGAUGUCUGGAGUCAGGGUUGGAGGUGUUGCUAAGGGCGACAGGACGAAGCCUGGUGGAGCUGACCGUGACCGACUGCCCCAACAUUCUAACUGACCGCUGUGUCUGGCUCACCAGCUGCUAUUGCCGCUCGCUGCAGACACUCACGUACAGAAGUGCGACUGAUCCCGUGGGGCCAGAGGUGAUUUGGGCGUUGGGUGCAGGCUGCAGGAACAUCACCUCCCUCCAGGUGGCGCCACUGCAGCCAUGUCUGCAACCCAGCCGCUUUGGUAACCGGUGUCUUCAGCUGAUAGGCCGAUGCUGGCCACAGCUCAGUGAGGUGGGAGUCGGAGGCGUCGGCUGUGGGGUGCAGGGACUGGCCUCGUUGGUGAAGAGUUGUGUGUCCCUCAGGAGACUGCAGCUGCAUGGUGUGUGUGAGGUGAGUGUGUCUGUGGCGCAGCAACUGUGCAGGGAGGGGCUGCGUUGCCUGGAGACACUGGAGCUCCACUCGACCCCCGUCAGUCCAGACGCACUGCUGCACUUUCACAGCAUGUGUGGCCAGCUGAGAUGUGUGUUGGUUCAGGUGAGCAUCAGUGACUACUUCCAGGACCCUGACCGAGAGGAGGCCCACAGACACUUUAACCAGACAGUCAACAAAAUGCAGGCACUCCAGAGUUCUAUCCUCUCAGGAAUUCUUCAUCUCAGGCUGGACAGGUGCUUAUCCUCCGAGGGCCAAUGA